AUGUCAAUCCCUCUGGAAUUCCUCACCGACCUCCCGGCCCCUGCCCCCGACGUCUCGCUCGGGGAGCAGCUCGCUGAGGCCGUCACGGACUCGGGGCGCAUCUCAACUCUCCUCGAUUGCCUCUGCCACACGGACGCCCCCGCUCUCUGGUCCCCGGACACGACCCGAGCCGCGCUCACCCACGCCGCGCUCCGUCGGUUCGUCUCCUCCUUCGCCCUCCCGACCUCUGGCCUCCGCCCGCAGCUCGGUCCCAAUGACCGCGUCAUGGUCGUCCUCCCCACUGGGCCCGAGAACGCCGUUGCGCUGCUCGCCGUCGCCGCCUUCCACACCUGCGCGCCCGUCAACGCCGCCUGCACCGCGGGCGAGCUCGCCGAGGACGCCGCCCGCCUCGGGGCCAAGGCCGUGCUCACCACCUACGACGCCAUCGAGCGGCUGGAGCUCGUUCAGCUGAGGGAGAAGCUUGGGUGCGAGGUCGUCUUCCUUCACGGGCGCGAAGACGGGCCUGCGGGGCUCUUCGACGUCUCCGUCAUGAGCGAGGGAGCGGACGAUGACGAGUGGGGCAUCAUCCAGAAGCCGCAUCUACCCCCGCCGUCGACUCUUCACGGUCUUUUCGACCAAUCCCUGGUCCUCCAUACAUCAGGGACCAGCGGGAAGAAGAAGGUUGUGCCUUACACCUUACGUUCGCUCAUUGUCGGGACCUGUGCUGUCAUUCACUCGUGGGACUUGCGGGACGAUGACGUGAACAUGAACAUGAUGCCUUUGUUCCACGUCGGUGGGAUCAUCCGCAAUCUAUGGGCGCCCAUGUUCUCCGGAGGCAGCGCGAUUAUGUGCGCUGGCUUUGAUAGCAACACAUUCUGGCCAAUCAUCAUGUCCCUCGGGGCCACAUGGUACUACGCCGCGCCCACAAUGCAUCACGCUAUUCUUGGUUCCAAACCUGCGACCGUCACCCCUUGUCGGGACACGCGCAUGCGGAUGAUUGCGAACGCGGCGGGCGGCCUCCUUCCAUCGUUGGCCACACAGCUCAAGAACACCUUCGGUGCCGUCAUCCUCCCGUCCUACGGGAUGACGGAGUGCAUGCCCAUCGCGUCUCCGCCGACGACGUACCAACUCGACCGCCCCGGGUGUUCGGGCCUCGCGUGCGGUCCUCACCUGUCCAUCCGCCAUCCAGAAAAUAUCGAGCGCGAGCUCCCAUGCGGCUCGACCGGCGCCGUGUGCGUCCGCGGCAUCCCGACCUUCGACGGCUACGAGACGAGCCCCGGCGCCCCGCUCGACACCUCCGCGUUCUCGUCCGAGGGGUGGUUCGACUCUGGCGACUGCGGCUACGUGGACCCCGACGGGUACCUGUUCAUCACCGGGCGGUCGAAGGAGAUCAUCAACAAGGGCGGCGAGGUCAUCUCGCCUUUCGAGAUCGAGGAGGCCAUCACCACUGUCGCGAAGUCGCGCGUCAAGGCCACCAUCGCGUUCUCCGUCCAACAUGAUGUCCUCCAGGAGACCAUCGGAGUCGUCAUUGUCCCCGUCCCGGGCCUUCCGCGCAUCGGCCUUACUGACCUCCUCGACCUGUUGAAGACGCAGCUGCACCCGUCCAAAUGGCCGUUCGCGGUCGUCUACAUGGACGACCUCCCGAAGAACAGCGCAGGAAAGCCCCUCCGCAUUAAGCUAGCGGAGCGCUUGAACAUCGGGCAACUCACCGACAGCGUUCCCGCCCUCGCUCGCCACUUCGUUGCGGAAGUUCCAGACAAGAACGCGCCUCUGUCUACCCCCAUCCGAUGCUCUAAAGUGUCCGUCGAGGCUCCGGAGAUUGAGCGGACGCUCUCACACAUCGCUGGCGUGCUCGAGGCCAGCGUCCGUUUGCGCAAGGACGGCUCACCCGAGGCACUGGUCUCCAUUGACCCCUCGGCGUCCGCAGCCUCCCUCUCGGAACUGGUGCACACUGUGCUUCCAGGCUAUGCAAUCCCGAAACCCUUCCACAUCGUCCGUGACCGCUUCCUGCGCACUUCCGAGGGCAAGGUUGACUGGCUCCUCAUGGAGGCAGAACUCGCACAACGCACCGCCUUCGAGCUCUCGCCCACCGCCAAGACCGUCCGUCGGAUCUUCGCCGACCUCCUUGUCCUCCAGGAGUCCGCGGUCACCGGUGGGAGCGACUUCUUCCUUAUCGGCGGGAACUCGCUGCUCCUCGGCCGCCUCGCGCACCUCGUACGGAAGGAGACCGGGGUCGCCCUAAGGGUGCAGGACGUGUUUGCGCAUCCCACGGUGGACGGCAUCGCGGCGCUCGUGGACGCUGUGGGCACCAAGAGCAACGUCGAGUCUCCCGACAAGACGGCGGUCAACACCCCCUUCUCCGGCUCGAAGGCGUCGUCCACUAAGACCGCACAGAGCGUGCUCGACCUCCCCGCCCUCGCGUACAAGGGCACGUACAGCGAUGUGCGCCCGGCCUCCCGUGGCCAGAACCAUCCGCUGUCGCUCCUCGUCCAGGCCAUCCCGAUCAUGUUCUUCUACCCGCUCAAGGUCGCCUUCACGUGGACCGGCAUCGUGUUCAUUCUCUCUUUCUUCACAGAGUUCAUCACGGGUGUUUUCUGGGAGCGUCUCGGGUCAUUGCUUACGGCCAUCAUCGCCGCACGGUUGGCUGCGCGCAUCUUCAUCCCCCUCGUCGGCAUCGGUUUCAAAUGGGUCGUCAUCGGCCGCUACCGCCCUGGGACGUACCGCUUCUGGAGCGUGUACCAUCUCCGCUGGUGGCUCACGAACCAGAUGCUCCGUGUCUCCGGCCGCGGCAUCUUUGCCUCGCACCCGUUCCUCGAGGUCCUCUACUACCGGAUGCUGGGCGCAAAGAUCGGGCGCGACGUCGUCAUCGACUCCCGGGCGCGCCUCGGCGAGUGCGACCUACUGACUCUCCACGACGGUUGCAGGAUCGACAACGCGCUCGUGCGCGGCUUCUGCGUCGAGCGCGACGGCUGCUUCCGCCUCGACCCGAUCGUCGUCGGCCGCGGCGCCACGGUGAACACCUACACGCAGCUCGCCCCGGGCGCGGUCAUCCCCGACGGCGCGACGUACGGCCCGCACGCGUCCUCGCACGACGACCCGUCCCCGGACCGCCACGCGCAGUACAACCGCGCGGCGCUCCCGCAGCCGAAGUGGUACCUGAAAGCGUUCGUCGCGGGCCCGCUCGUCCUCCUCGUCAAGCUCGCCGCGCACCUGCCCUGGUUCGCCGCGCUCUUCGUGCUCCUCUCCCAGCCCGCGCCGAAGGGCAACCUCGACGCGCUCGAGCGCGUCAUCGUCUGGUUCUCCUCCCCGCGCCGGGUCGCGUGGCACGCCGUCGCGCGCGUCGUCCGCGGCGUCUGCACGCCCCUCCUGCAGGUCCUCAUCGGCAUCCUCGUCAAGCGCGCGAUGGGCUUCCAGACGGAGCGCUCGACCGCGCACUCGUCGCAGUGGGUCCUCCUCCGCCGGUACAUCAACAUGGCGCUCCUCAGCCAGGAGUCCCUCAAGCGCGCGUUCGACAUCCUCGGCACGCACUACGAGGCGACGUCGGUCGUCUGGCGGUGGAUGGGCGCGAAGGUAGGCCAGCGCGUGUACUGGCCGGGCUCGGGCCUGUACUGCCCCGACCCGGAGCUGCUCGAGGUCGGCGAUGACGUCGUCUUCGGCUCGCGCUCGGAGAUCUUCACCACGGACGGGCUCGGCUCGGGGCGCAUCGUCGUCCGGGACGGCGCGAUGGUCGCCGACCGCGUCGUGCUGCUCCCGUGCGUCACCGUGGGCAAGAGGACGGUGAUGGGCUCCGGGGCGCUCGCGCGGCGCGGCGCGAGCUACGAGGACGGCUCGGUGUGGAUGGGAUCCGAGCGCGGGGAGGCGGUCUGCUUCAAGCCGGGCUCCAAGGAGGCGCGCACCGACUCGACGCCCACGAUCACUCCCUUCGGCCGCGCGUUCUACGAGCGCAGCGCGAGCUUCUACGUGCUCCCCUACCCCCUCCUCUUCCACAUCAACAUCGCCGUCGUGAUCCUCACGACGGGCUACUGGUCCAUCGGCCCCGUCGUGGGCACCCAGGUCCUCAACCUCCUCCGCAUCCACCUUCGCGAGCUCCACCUCUUCGCCCCCGGCCCGCAGCAGCCGUUCAUCCUCUUCGGCCUCAUCUCCUGCUGGUUCACCGUCACUCUGUCCCUCCAGGCCCUCGUCGCCCUCCUCUGGGUGGUCGGCACCAAGUGGCUCGUCAUCGGCCGCCGCGUGCCGGGCAGCUGCGACUGGGACAAGAGCUCGUACUGCCAGCGCUGGCAGCUCCACCUCACGCUCGCGCGCCCGCUCUACCGCGGGUACGGCAACGGCGGCGUGCUCGGCGCGCUGAGCGGGUCCGCGUACGCGGUGUGGUACGUGCGCGCGCUCGGCGCGCGCGUCGGGCGCGACUGCGCGCUCUGGGCGAGCGGCCGCGUCGGGCUCAUGACCGAGCCAGACCUCGUCGAGCUCGGGGACCGCGUCGCGCUCGACGACUGCUCCGUCGUCGCGCACCUCAACUCGCGCGGCAAGUUCUCGCUCAACAAGCUCUCGAUCGCGUCCGGGUGCGCGAUGCGCUCCGGCGCGCGGCUGCUCUCGGGCGCGUCGAUGGAGGCGGAGUCGAUGCUGCUCGAGCACACCCUCCUCACCUCGGGCGAGAUCGCGCAGGCGGGGGAGGUGUACGGCGGCUGGCCGGCGCGCUCGCUCGACCCGGACCUGUACCUGCGGCGGCUGUCGGCGGUGCAGCUCAUGUCCGCGCUGCGGGUCAGCGCGCACUACACGAAGCUGCAGAUGGCGCACCACGAGCUCGAGGGCGAGAAGCGGCGGCUCGAGCAGCGGAUCACGGACCACCAGCGGGACCUGCGCGAGGCGCGGCGGCGGCUCGAGAGCAUGCUCCAGGCGGUCGAGACAUUGCGCUCGCCGCCGCCGGUGUCGCCGGUGUGA